GUUGCAAAAAUAAAUACGAGAAUGCUGAUUUCAUCUAGACUCGGUGUAGAAAAUUAUCCAUUUGCCUGUAUACGUAUACGUAGAAUUCCAGAUUUAAAGAUCGACUCUUGUUUUAUGUAUGUUCAUACAUGCAGAUGAGAUGUGACACUGGAAGCCAUCCUCAAUAUGAAUAUUACAGAAGCGAGCCACUCUUCUAUCUCUUCAUCAAACACUGCUUCUCUCAUUAAAGAAGAAGAUCUGUCAGAAUAUGAGGAAGGUGGUGAUGACGAUUUGGGAUGGAUUGAAGAGGAGGAUAGCGGUGGAGAAUACACGGCUGACAGACACCCUCUGGAAGAAGGUCAUGGUCAAAGUCAAGGUCAAGAAAAGAAAAGAGGUCUCAGCCACACUUCACUGACGCCUGAAACUAUUCUUGCAAUGGAAGCAGCAAGUUUGGAAAGACAAGAUUCUCUGACUAAUGGUCGAAGCUCGUCAUCCGGUCAAAGAGGAAGUGACCUGCACCCCGAGCAGAAGGUUCCUGGAGCGAGAAUGUCAAUUGGUACCACGGGAAUAUCAAGUCCUUUAAGAGCUUUUCAGAAUGGGUUUGGCCAUUGCAGCGAGGGUGACUCUGGGGGCCCUUCUCUCUACUAUUGUGGGGAAUGCAGUAGGUUCCCAACUGAUUGCAAAUGCUAUGCCAGGCAUGUAAGGGGUCAUGCAGGAGCCGGAGAUGUAGAAAAGGAGAGAGGACAAAGAGACACAAAGGAUAUUAUGCAGGAACAAUAUGAAGAGAGAUCUGUGAUUGAAGGCGAUGAUUCAGAAGUCUGGAAGCAAUCAGGGUUGAGGUCUAGAGGAAGGGUGCCUUCCAAAUUCCAGAAUGGUGCGGAAACUAGUGCUGAUAAUGAAGAUGAUGCAGUCGAGAGAAGAAAACAGCUUGUUCUGAAAGAAAAUGAUCACAUUGAUAUCUGUGAUGGUAAUGGUUCUUCUGGAGCCAUUACCAACAACCCCAAAGUAAACAAAAGAUGUCAAGUUCGGAUGGGACGGCCAGUGAAAGACAAAUCUCGAUUACAGUGUCCGCAGUGUGGCCGUGGCUUCAAGAGAAAACCAGACCUUGAACGCCACUUCCGUGUUCACUCGGGCGAGAAACCCUUUGCCUGUGAACUCUGCGACAUGCGCUUCACCCGUAACUUUGGACUGCGCUGCCACAUGAGAACGCAUGCAGGGCUGAAGAUUCACACGUGCGGCACCUGUGGCAAAUCGUACAGCCGGCGUUACGACCUGGCGAAGCACGAGAAAGCCGUUCACACUGGGGAACUCAACCACAUUUGCUGUGAAUGCGACAAACGGUUUGUCACUGCGCAGCUCCUCCGUGUCCACAAGCGGACGCACACCAACUCGCAGCCGUACCUCUGCCAGGAAUGUGGCCACAGGAGUAACCAUCGCAGCGACCUCAAGAAGCACAUGAGGGUCCACACCAACGAGAGACCUUAUUGCUGUUCGAUCUGUAAGAAAAGCUUCCUACAGAGUGGGUGUUUGGCCAGUCACAUGUCACAUUCUCACAGCAAGUAAAGUCCUACAAAACCACCACAGUGGUUUAUCAUGUGAAUGGAAUGGGGCGUACACAUACCACCCUGCACACGUCAGGUCAGCUUGGAUUGUACUGAAGGGUAAAACUUUCACUUGCUUGGUCUAUGAUGACGCAACAUUUGCUCCUGGGAUUAUUGCUCUGGGUUUAUUUGGUCUAAGAUAUAUUAUAGGGUUACUGUUGGCUUUAGGUUUGGUAUUUCAAAUCCAGGAUUGAAGUAAUCAUGUGAUCGUUAUGUUGAAUUUACAUUGGAGCAAUUACUGCCGAAGCAAAUAUGAAACCUAAUUUAGGGCGACUUGGUUUGAUUAAGGGAUUUAAAAAAGAAUAAUUGCACUGAAAAUAAUGUGCUUUCAGUCAAAUAUAUGAUGAAUUGCUAUGAAAGAUUUUUAUAAUUGGGCACAGAAGCAGUGACGAAUCUAGUCGGAUCAGGGCUGACUAAGGUGGGUCAGGGUUGGAGGUAUAUCGAACCAGAGGUUGAUGAAGAACACAGCAGAUAUAAGGUCAAUGAACUUUAUAAAAUAUACAUUAUUUCAAGCAUCGCGAUUGGUCAACAUGCGUCACAUGACAUCCAACUUAUUGUGCACGCACAAGAGUGGAAAAUGUGCGCAACAAAAAUUGACAUUGCACGCUCAAGCAAACCAGUGCGGUACAAGUCCCAGAAGAAGCCCAACAAAACUGUACUAUAACUUUUUGAGAAUUUGUUUCUGUGUUGGUAUUUUAUUAAACAAAUAAUGCACUUGCUCUGUCGUGCGUAAAAGUAAAUGCAUAGAAAACUCGGUUUCUUUAGAUGGUGCACACUGGGCACCCGCUACCAGCGGCUCGUGCACAGUGCUGCACCUAUCUAAAGAAACCUCGCCUGCUCUGCAUUCCGCUAACGCACUCAGCUGCAUGCAUCAUUUGUAUACUAUUCCAUGUCAAAACCUCAACUAUCACUGGCGGAAUACACGUCCAACUCUGGCCUACAACACCACCAUUGUCCACUAUCAAUAUGUGAAAUGUCUGACCUGGCUUGAUCCUCCCAUAUAGAAGGACACAGAACACUCAAGAACUUUAAGGGGUGGAUCAUAAAAAUUGCAUGUUAGGACACAACAUUUUUUUAAAGAGAAUAAAUAUUAUUUGUGUAGACUUGAUAAUAUUUCAGAAUUGUUCAUACAAUCCGGUUAUCUUUUUCAAUUUUUAUUGUCCUACAAGGCUUAUCCUUUCCUUAACUGUGGGUGAGAUAUAAAGUGGCACAUUAACAUUUCAUUGACAAAAUAGAUUACACUAGGGUUUCAUGAAAGAUCUCUUUAAUUCAACAGUUACCAUAGGAACUGUGCUUCUCAGCCAAUCAAAAUCAAGGAAAUUUGUCUGAUCCGACAAUUAGAGUACACUUCCAAUUUACUAACUCAUAUGACACCCAAGUUGUCUGGGAUUGAUAAUGAAAGUAUUUUGAAGCAUUUUUUCUUCAUUAUGAAAGCAUAAGGAAACAAAAUAGUAAACAUAAAAAAUAUACAAUACAACAGCAUUGCUGAAUUUUUGGAUUCCCGUAAUUUUAGCAGAGAGUUAGACCGUGGUCUCGUUAAACCUGACUUCAGAAUACUGGCCAUAGGGUAUAAACAAUUCUGUUAUCUGUGGAUGUUUAAAACUUCGCCUGUGUUGCAUAAUUUGAUAAAGGAUGAAUAUACAUGUGCAGUCAACAAUUUCAACAGAAUACUGACUGCCAUCAAAAUUGUGUGGACUUUUUUAGUCUUUGACUGUUUCUUACUGUUGCUGAAUGUACUUUGCAAGGGAUUGUUAGUUUAUUAUUGUAAUGAAAGUUAAGGAUAUGAGGUUCAAAACUGAAAAAAAAAUUGUCUUUGUUUCACAAAUUCGAACUUUGCAGAGAAGCUUUCUAUGUUCAUUCAUGUCAGUAUUGUACAGAGUUAAACAUACUGAGGUUUGAUUUUUUUUUUAAAUAUAAAACAAUUGUUGCCAAAGUUUUCCUUGUUCCUAACACUAACAUUUUGAAGAAAAAAAAAUUUGAAUUAAUACAUUGUUGCUAAAAUUUUCUAUUUGAAAUUUUUGAAAAAUGUUUAUUGCAUGAAUUGUUUAUAGCUUGAAACGAUGAAUUAAGAACUUUUGCUGUAUUCCAUUAAUGAAUGUUGGUAAUCUAGUCUUUGUUUACCCUAAUAAUAAUAACAUACUCCAUGGAUGAGGAAUUAGGUACCAUUCCCCCUCUAAUAUAAGAAGUUAGAGAACUUAGUCACAGCUAUUACCAGUUUAGGAGAGGAAACUUGCAUGUGUGCAUUGGUAAACAAACCACUGUUGCCUGGCCAGGUUGCUCCCCAGGGAGUGGAGAGAGUGCAUUUGUGGAACAGUGAUAGAUCCAAUGCCUAGGGUCAUAAUGAUUAUGUAUCAAUCACCAAAAACACAAGAGUUGUUGAAGUGCCAUAGGAAUCUAGCUCUAAUCUUUAGGAAAGUCAUUUUGAUUUCUCUCUCUUUUU